CCUAGAUGGAUUCGAAACAGUAUUUCAACAUCAUCAGACAAGUUUCACACGUCACUUUAACAAGUUUUUUACUAUCACGUUCCAGGAGUCACAUGUCCUCACGAUGAUGCACAUGCCUCUGCUGUUGAUGACGCUGUCAGCCGCGCUCGCUGCGCCCGCACUCGACAAACCCUCCAGGGGACUGACCGAUGGAGACUACUACACUAUUGAAGCAGAUCGAAGAGAUCUACCCGAGGUAGAGAAUAAAUUUUUCCAGGAAAUAAUCCUGCCUCAGAAAAGAGCAGCAUUAGUGCUGGAUCGUCUACUGAUCGCGCUACAGAAAGCGCUGCACGAAGAAAGCGCCAGCCAGCGGUUCGAUGUUGACAGGGACGGACCGCGAACAGCGCCCUUGCGUAUUGCUAACAUUGAGACUAAUGAUAUGACCGGUCUACAGAGGCGCGGGCAAGGAGCAGCCAGAGGUCGUGUGCUUCGAUGUUACUUCAAUGCUGUUACCUGCUUCUAACAUUAUAUAAAAGUAUAAUUUAUUUAACAUCUCUGUUGUAAUAACUGUUAAUAUCAAAACAAAUAUUUGUACUUGACUGCAGACUUUUGGUUCAAAGUAUUCGUUUUGAAUUUGUUUAUGUGUUUAUCUACUUGACAUAAUAAAAUAUUAUAAUGUGAUUCUUAAGACAUAUACAAUAAAGUUAUCUGGUUCGA